AUGGCCCAGACACAGCUCAGCUCCUGGCUGCUCCUGUGUGUGUUUGCUGCAUCCCAGAGGCUAACAGAUGAACACCCUCACAGCGGCACCAACAGAGCCCGUCGUGGCCCAGAGGACGCUGGCAUCAUGUUAGAGAUGCUCUGGGGAAGGCUGGAUAUUCAGGCCAACGGGACAAUCCGCCUGCGGGAUGAAGAGCUGGCCUCCCUACGCCCGGCACGGCGCUUCCUGCAGAUUUUAGAGGAGGAAGUUCCCAAAACACCGGCAGAGAUUGAGCAGCAUCUGAGAUAUUAUUCACUGACUGACACUCCCUUGCCUCCGACGGAGUUUGACCGUCUCCUUUUCACCAGUGUUUACAGUGCCUAUCAGGUUCGCUCCGUGCAGGGUCUGGAUAAAAAUCCCUGGAUUGGCUUUUUCUCUCAGCUGGUUGAUGAAAUCUUUCGUGACCUGUGCAAGGGGCUCUGCCCUGCAAAUACCACUCUCCUCCAGGCUUCCUGGCCUUGGAAGGACAAACCUUCACAUUUAGCAUCCCUGAAACAUUUCUAUCGCUCUAACCUGGCCAGGACCAAGAGAGACACUUAAUGAGGGAACCCUCCAUAGGAAACGGCACCCCUGGCUUCACCUGUCUCCUUGGUUAUUUUCAAUGCUUUCCACAGUGUGCAGGACUUUGAAUAAAUAUGCCACACCUUUUUGUUCUGCUUUCUGCACAGUGCUGGCCACCCUCUCAGGAUUUA